GAAAUUUUAUGAGAGUCCCCCGACCGCCCUAGCCGCUGCGGGGUAGCUGCUGACUGACUCUGAUUUUCAUUCACAGCCACGCUACGAGCCUCCACUCAAAAAUCAAUACACCACACACCAAUGACGUCAUCCGCAAGCGGGAGCCCUAUUGGCUGAUCGGGCGAGUGAUAGCAUCCCAUUAUUUAUGAGAAGGAGAGCGCACUACUUGACGCCGGCGCAACAUUCCAGGCGGGCUGUGAGUGCUGAGUCCGUGUAUCCCUCCGCAGCCAGGCCAGUAAUGCGGCGGCCUUAUGGAACACCUUCCACCUGCCCAUGAUGCCUGGUGUUGGAGCCUGAGGCCGCCCUGCACCUCGCAACAAGCUCCUGCCACUGGACUACUAGUGUAGCAACGUCCUCACUCACGCAUUGAUCGUCCAGGACUCGAGGUGGAGGUGUAGUUAGUGAAGUUGGCCAAGUGUUUGUGUCUAUUGAUCUGGAGCAGCGUUGGUUGUAGUGUCUGUCUCUCCUCGACCGCUCCCACCAUCCGUUCGAGUCUUCCCCGGUGUCGGUGUUGUUGAUUCGGUGCUGAUAACAAGUGAAGCGGACGGCCGCGAGUGGUGGUGCUGGGCGGCCCUAGGAGGUGGUGGGCGGCCCCGGGCGACGGCGGUGGGCGGGCCAGGCGGGGGGCGCGGCAUGGGGCGUGCCCAGGUGGCGGCCAGCGGGCCAGCGGCCGGCCCCGCGGGACGGCACCCUCCCGCCGAAGGCCGGUAGGCACUGCCUCCUGGUGCCCCCGUGCCGGCGACCUGCCUUGCUCCCGCACCUGCUCGUCCUCGCCCUCGCCGCUGCUGCCUCACCUUUGAACGUGCCCGCCGCCACCACGUGCCCUACCUGAGGUGUCGGGGCAGCAGGCGGCGCCGCUCCCCCCGCCCGGGCAUGGCCGCCCCCCGCGGGGCGUGGCUCCCCUGCGCACAACCCCAGGGACACUAGAGCAAGCCCACCAUGGCGGCCGACGGAGGGCCAGACAUAAUGCCGGAUCUCUCGCACCUGACCGACGAGGAGCGGAGCAUCAUCGAGGGUGUGAUGCGCCGCCAGAAGAUUGAGGAGGAACAAGAGAGCGAGCUGGUUAGGAGAAAGCAAGAUGAGGUCCGGAUCUUGGAGAACACGAUCCGUCUUCGCUCCGAGGUGCAGAGAAAGAAAGGCUUGGAGCUGGACGCCACAUGCCAGAUUUGCCUCAAGACCAAGUUCGCGGACGGCGUGGGCCACAUAUGUAACUACUGUAGCGUCCGCUGCUGCGCCCGCUGCGGAGGAAAGGUCUCCCUCAGGUCAAAUAAGGUCAUCUGGGUGUGCAUCCUAUGCCGCAAGAAGCAGGAGCUGCUCAUCAAGACGGGCACCUGGAUGAACCCUGGAUUUUCGCAGCACGGCGAGGCGAUGCACCUUGACCACGAAUACUCAGGUACGGCGGCAUCCGGCGGGGGGGCGCGCCGGGAGAAGCACUACCACAGGGACUACCGGCUGCCCAAGGAUGAGAUUCGGGACUAUGGGCUGGGCAAUCACCGCGACAUGGAGGGCUUCCCAAGGAACCUGGCUGAUAAGUACAGAGACAGAUAUAACCAAUACCUGAACCGUUUAGAAAGAACUUACCAUAAUGAAGUAAGUGAGGACUAUUGUGAUAAUAGGGCAACUGAUAGUAGAAGUUACACCGAAAGAAGAAAGAAAACAGUGCGUUUUAACUCGGAAGGCUGGGACACGUUCGAAGAUUUGGAAGGGGGCGUGGACCCCAGGUGGACUAGUGCCUCUAGUGUUUAUUACGAGGAGCCGCCGCCCCGCCCACCACUAGUGAUGGGUGGCCCCCGCGAGCUGCCAACUGUGGGGCGUCGCCUGCCCCAAUGGGCGGGCGGGAGGGAGCUGCCUGUCGUCCGUAAGGAGCUGUGGGAAGCGGAACGCCAGGAAUCUCAAGACUCGCAGACCAAAGAUAGCGGCAUUGACUCGGGGACGAGUAGUAACUUUAACUCCAGUGAGGACUCGAGCAAGGGCGAGGUGCCCAGAGUAUACAGACACCCAGUCUCGUGGAAGCCCAGCCAAGACGGCACCAGGCUCAUCGGACACCUACUGCUCAAUAAGUACGUGAAGGGCGAGGUGCCGGUGCUGAGCGCAAAUAUUCUGGGGCUCAAGGUUGUGGGAGGCAAGAUUCUGGACAACGGGAGGAUUGGCGCCCUCAUCGAGAAGGUGAAGAAAGGCAGCAUUGCGGACUCCGUGGGGCAUCUCAGGCCAGGGGACGAGGUGCUGGAGUGGAAUGGACGAUCCCUACAGGGCAAGUCCUUUGAGGAGGUGUUUGAAAUCACCUCGGAAUCCCGCCAGGAGCCACAGGUCGAACUCAUGGUGUCGAGACUACUGUCGGACGUCGACCGACAAGGGGGCAGACGACACACCCUCACGGGCCUUGUUCCCAAAGGCGAAGGUUACGAGCCGCGCAGGUUGCCCGAGCCGCGGCAAGACCGGCGACCCAGCGUCACCAUCACUUCGCCAGGCUCGCCAGAGACCUUCAGGAUACGAACCCACUCGCCCUCCAUUGUCGGCAAGCUGCAGCUCAAGUUGUGGUUCGACCCCAUGAACCAACAGCUCGUCGUGACCAUCGUGAGUGCCGUCGACCUGCCCCCGAGACCAAACGGCGCCCCGAGAAACCCUUAUGCCAAGAUGUUCCUGCUGCCCGACCGAAGCGAGAAGUCCAAGCGCCGCACCAAGGCUGUGGCCAACACCCUGGACCCGCGCUGGAACCAGUCCUUCUACUACUGUCCGCUGCGCCGUGCCGAGCUCAAGACCCGCUCCCUCGAGAUCACCGUCUGGGACUACGACAGAUACGGCGCCAACGACUUCCUGGGAGAGGUUGUGGUAGACCUGAGCGCGGCGCCCCUAGACGAUGAACCAGACUGGCACUACCUCUCCUCCCACGACGACGCCCUCCCCUCGUACUCUCGUCGCGGGAUAUACGUGGACACAGAGUCCGCCUCCACCAUCGCCUCCACCGACCACUUGUCUCCGCCCUCCACCACCUCCCGUCUGAGCGAGUCUGACAUUAGUGACCUGGAGGACAAUCUGCAGCGGGACAGACGGACAGACGGAACAUCCAUCAGCAGCGUGGGGUCCUCCUCCAGUCCGCCUCCCGAGGACCGCCAGCUGGGAUCGGGGGCGGAACACCUGCCGAGGCGGGACACUGCGUCUCCCACGGGCCGCCGCCUCACAACCACCGUGCAUAGCCGCGGGGACUUGAGGUACCGCGCUAAGGACCUCACCCUGCCGGCUUACAGCAGCAACCCUCGCUCCCGCAGCCAUUCCGCCGCCCCAACGGACUCUCCGUCGCUGCACAUGUCGCGCUCUCGCAGCAAGUCUCCCCGCCGCGUCACUGAGCCCGGUAGCCGCUCCCUCUCCCCUCCCGAGGCCAGGCCUGGUUAUAGCGGGGGGUCCAGGAUGACUUCCCGCAGCGCCACCGCCACCCCGACAGGCUCCCCCAAGAAAAGACAGCUGCCCCCAAUUCCUACUCACCAGUUAUCCUCCAGGGACAAGGUAACGCAGGAGCUGGAGGACAGGACUCGCCAGAUGAAGGCGAAAAUGAUGCAGAUUCAAGCCUACAGGUCAACCGGUUCACACCUGUACUCCGGCCACUCCGACACCGAACUGCGCAUGUAUGACAGGUACCCCCAGGGCCGCGGGGUGCUGGUGUCCCCCGAGCGUGAUCCGGAUAGAGACUUUGGUGACUCUGCCAGUGACAUUGAGAGUGUCGUAAGUGCCUUCUCCACUCAGAGCGAGAGGCCCCGAGGCUCCACGAAGCUCAGUAGGCGGCACCUGAGUAGCUUGAAGAGCCACACUCAUGGCUAUGACGCCACCCUAGACCCGCCCCUCCCUGCUGACCGACGUGACGCGAGACAUUUCUCCCCCCGGGCGGGAGCCGUCGUGCAGCCUUCUGGACGUGAGCCUCCGCCCCCCUACCCCAUUCAGCCCCGACCCCCUCACCUCCGCCGUUCUCUUUCCAUGGGUGUGAGCGCAGGUGUCUCCCGCAGCGCACCACACCUGGCCACUCGCCCCCGCCAGCACCCACAGCCCCGCCCCCUCGUGCGUUGCAACACGGAGGCCAGUGUGGCUCCUCCGCCACGUCCCCGCCACCGCCUACAGAAAAGCCAGAGCCUCGGCGAGAAUGACCGGCGGUGGGAACUUCGCCAGGAUGCUGAUUACUUUCCCGAGGCGUGGGAAUUUUCUAAUCGCGCUCGCUCGAAGUCCCUAACUCGCGACGAUUUUUCACUUCGGCCACCCGCUAGAAAAACCGUUACGUAUGAAGAUGAGGUGUUACGAGAACGGUUGCAGGAGCCUCCCCCUUUCUCCAGAAGCUCACUAUCUCUUGAUAAAUCAGUGCCUUAUGAGUCUGACUUAGUGGUAAGGGAACAUGCGCAGGACCCUUAUGUGCGGAAGUCUCGGGCAGUCCCUGAUGGGUACACGCAGGUGUCUCAAGAGCAGCAACAGCAAAAGCAGCAACAGCAGCAGCAGCCUCCUGAUGCUGCCAGGGGUCUGUACCGGCGGCGCAGUUCCGUCCGCCUUACAGACAGCCAUAGUGCAGGAACCUAUUACGGGUAUGAUUCAGACUAUAGUGGAGCAGAAACAGAAGUGUUCCUUCCAGACCGCUCUCUUGAUCGCUCCUUUAGUCUGGAGCAAGUGGACCAGCGGAGCUCCGAGUUGGAGUUCACCUCCGGGGAUGAGCGGCACCCAGCAGGAUCAGCGGAUCUUCCCCACCACUCAUUAUUGGCAAUGCAGGAAGGUUGCAGCCAAACGCUUCCAAGAGCUCGACGAGCCUCCACUGGACCUUCACGCAGAGUCAUGAUGAGAGCGAACACCGAGAGCGCCUUGUUGAAAGGCCCUAGUAGAGACCUACGGGAGCAGAUAAGCUGGAAACCGUCCAGAGGAGAACAGGAACGGAUGUAUGGUAUUUCUCGCGAGCACAGCUUAGGAGAAGGCUCCUCAGGUGAAAGAAGGCAGCCCCUUGAGGCAGUGAGAGGGGUACAUUCUAGUCCAGCUCUAUCACGAGUCCUUGAUGGGAGUAUGCCACAAGAUAAGUAUGAGUCAUGCAGUUCAGAUGACGUGUUUAUUCCUAUUGAGCAACGUAGGCAUGCCUUGGUUCAGUCUGAGAGUGACCGAGACAGUCGACCUGAUGAUUCUUAUGAUGGCCCAUCAGUGGAAGGCCGACGGUACCACUACACAUCCCUCCCACAAGACCAAGCCAGAGCCAGGGACCACGAAGACACACGGCUCCACCAUGGCAGCUUGGGGGAGGACAGGCGCCCUUUGGAUCCUCAAGUUCUCCCAGAGGGUGCCAGGUAUUUGGAACAUGAUGAGAGAGACGAAGCCAGAUACUUGGAGCAAAGCCCUAGAGACGAGGGCAGGUACCUCGAGCAUGAUCUGAGAGAUGAGUCAAGUUACCGUAGACAUGGAUCGAGGGAAGAGGUAAGGUUUCGUGAACACGAUCCUCGAGAUGAGAUGCGGUAUCAUGACCACAGCUCGAAGGAAGAGGUCAGAGGUCGGGACCACAGCCCUCGGGAAGACAUCAGAUACAGAGAACACAGCUCUCAUGAUGAAACAAGACAUGCAAAACCCAGCCACAGAGGUGAGGCUAGAUUUCGUGAACACGAUCCCAGAGAUGAAGCCAGGUACCGAGAACACGAUCCACGGGACGAAACCAGAUUUCGAGAACACGAUCCCCGAGACGAAGCCAGGUACCGAGAACAUGCCUCCAGGGAGGACCUUAGACACAGAAAACAUGGUCGAAAGGCCGAGGCUAGGUAUAUCGAACAUCCCAGGGAUGAGGGCAGGUUCAGAGAGCUUGACUCCCGGGAAGAAGUACGAUAUCGGGAACAUGGUUCGAGGGAUGACCCCAGGUACCAGGAGUAUCCCCCAAGGGAAGAAAUCAGAUUCCAGGAGCCUCUACCUAGAGAAGAAGGUGGUUUCCGGGAAGUGGAGGUAGGAGUGGAACCCGGCUACAGAGAUCAUGAUCCAAGGGUUGAAGGAAGAUUCCAGGACAUGAGGGAGGAGGAAAGGUAUCGAGACGACAGAAAGGAUGAAGGCAGAUAUCGUGAAUCAGACAGUAGAAUGGAUAGCAGAUACCAAGGUCCUGAUGAGGGGAGAUACCCCGAGGACAUAAGAGACAGAGGGGAAAGGAGGUACAGGGACCAAGACCCAAGAGGUGAUGACAGGUACCAAGGCCCUCGAGAAGAGACCAGCUACCAUGAACCACCUUAUCCAGAAAGCUCUACUGGAGCCAGACCAAGACGUCCUGAGAGAGAGAGGAGCAGAGACGAUAUUCCAAGGGAUGAGCGGUACAGACAGGGGAGUCUCGAUCAAGAAAGAUAUAGAGAAAUGCCUUUAGAUAAGGAGCGAUACAGGGAACAGGAAGAUGUGAGAUACAGGGAUGCUGGUGCUAUGGAACGAGAAAGAUAUAAAGAGUAUGGCGCUAUAGAAAAGGACAGAUACAAAAGAUGGAGUUCUGUAACCGAGGAUAAGUAUAGAGAGAGCUUGGAGAUGGGAGACAGGGAUUACCACGCUGCAACCCUUGAAAAAGACCGAUUUCGAAGUUGUGUUUCUUUGGACCAGGAUAGGUUUAGGGACCAGGGACGCGAUCCAUAUCGGGAUGGUAGUGAGGGACCGGAGCGAGGGUAUAAAGGGCAGGCGGAGGACAGAAAACACUAUGGUAGCCGGAGGGACCUCAGAGACAGGAGGCUGUACGAUGACCAUGGUGGGGAAUCGUACGAAGGGGAGGAUCGCAGGUUCAGAGACAUGCACCACCCCAGUUACGAUCCCACCUUUCCCUACCAUGACCCGAGGCGACCACCUGACCACCGACGCGACGCUGCUUCUCACCCGCACCAUACCUCGCACCCUCACGACCUCGCUCAUGCACACCUCACUAAUGCCCCUCACACCCAUCCCUACGCCGCCCACGAGACCCGUGCUGCAGACCCGUCCUAUAAUGUAGCCGAUCCCCCACCCCACCACCAUCCCCUCGACACAGACCCUUUGGAAGGCGAGAUCCCGGACACAGACAGACCCCUGACCCCCCGAGUUCGCCACAGUUCCUCAGUUAGUAUUAAUGAGCACCCUGAGUACUUUGAAUUUGACGCCAAUAGUCCCCCUAGUACGGAGCCUCGCGCAGAUGCUGAUGUAGACCCUUCUUCUAAUCCUGCUAGUGAGUUUAGCCACCGGACCACCCCCUUCGGGCCAACGGGGGUGAGCAUCGGCGGGGCCAGCAAGCGCGGCCAGCUGGGCAGGAGCCGCUCCACCAGCGAGGUCCCAGAGACGGAAAAAGCUGAGGAGGAAGCACAGGGAGAAAAAAAGGAAGCCGGAGAGAGUCAAGACCCAGGCGCUGCGGAGGAGGUGGAAGGGAAGCCAGAAGGUGGUGCCAUCGCGAAGCAGGGCUGUGAGGAGGGCGAGGUGGUGGAGGAGGAGGCGGAGGAGGCGUUGGAGGAUGAGAAGGGAGAGGAGGAGGUAGAGGAGGUGGAGGAGGAGGAGGAGGUGGAGUGCCCUGAGGGAGAGUACAGCGCUGAGGGUUCCACCAGCCCUCAGGAGGCAGUCGCUGGGGGCUCCACUACAGGGCCUACCUCGGAGAGGAUGGAAGGAAGCCUGAGCGACUCUGCUACUGGGAUGCUCACUGUGGACGGUAAGGAGCGACGACGUGUGACCAAUGGAAAACAGGGCCCAAGUGGAGGGCUGUCCAAGAAGUCCUCCUCUACUUCCAAGCUCUCUGACACUGGUCGGAAACGGAAAUUAGGCUUUCGGAAAAACCAACGAAGCCAAAUAACAGUUCACCGGAGCGAGGAGAUCCUUCCCACGGGGUCGCGCCACCUGAUGAGGCAGAGUUCCAGUCAGAGUAGCGAGGAGGCUGAAGGGGAGGACAGGUGUGGUGCUGCGAGAAAAACACCGACUGGGCAACUGAGUGAGUUCAUCGAGGGUCUGGGGCAGGGUCAGCUGGUGGGGCGGCAGGUGCUGGCGACCCCGGCUCUCGGCGACAUCCAGUUAUCCAUGUGUGAAAGGAAGAACAAGUUAGAAGUGGAGGUCAUUCGUGCUCGGGGCCUCCAAUGUAAGAGUGGGGCCAGAGUACUGCCUGCUCCCUACGUGAAGGUGUACCUCGUGGCGGGAAAGAAAUGCGUGGCGAAGGCGAAGACUUCCACUGCCCGUCGCACGCUGGACCCGCUCUACCAGCAACAACUCAUCUUCCACGAGCGGUACCAGGGCUGCGUCCUGCAGGUAACGGUGUGGGGCGACUACGGAAGAAUGGAAGGCAGGAAAGUGUUCAUGGGACUGGCACAGAUAAUGCUGGAUGACCUUGACCUGUCUAACAUUGUGAUUGGAUGGUACAAGCUGUUCGGCACGUCCUCUCUGGUGUCCCUGCCCACGCUCACCCGCCGCGGCUCCAUGGCUAGCCUCGACAGCUUCGGGUAGUGGGGAACCAUGGGCCAACAUCCCUACCCCACCUCAUCGCUACCCCCAGGGAGCCAUUGGAGUCCUCCCACCCUCACCAAGGGAUCAAGCACUCCCUGUGCCUGCAGCAGCCACAGCCCAACACUACACGCCCAUUGUCAACUCGUGCAGAACGUUCAACGACAUUUGCAACCUGCAAUGUUGCUAUCAAGCAGAGUGUGAGGCUUUUUCAUUGGGUGCUCUCUUUUUUUGUCUGUCUGCGGCCUGGAUAGGACACUAACUGCUCGUGCUGCAAGUUUGCUGUGUUGCGUCAAGCUCAGAGGCUCAAAGACAUCAUCGACUCGUCGCAGUGCAGACGAUGGUGGUUGUCCUGAUACGUUCUCGGGACGCUGAGUGCCCCUCAGGCCCCUCCUUAUCCCGCCCCAAUGGGUAAGCGUGGGUGUCGACAGCGAUUGCGGUGGGCACCAAGGGGCACGGGGUCUCGACUAGGAAGGGCCCCGCCGACCCACCACCUCAGUGCACCUCAACACUUCUGGACUUCCCAUCAAUAAGGACUCUCGUCACUUGAUUGCCUUGAGAGCAGUUUUGUACCAGCCACAGUACCAGUACAUGUAACACUUCUCUGGCCGCCACCUGGCUCAGGUCGGCCGCCACCAUCACAAUGCUUGUGAUUUUGACUAAGUGCUUUAAAUAAUAUUACAGAAUAGUUUUAAUCAUGUGUGGAAGUUUGCUCCAUAGAUUACCUUCCCCUUCUAGUGUCCAAAACUGAGAUGGCCCUUGUAGUCCAGAGCGUGGUCCACACCUUCCCUCCCGCCAUCCCCUCCCCUCACCACCUGACGCUUCAUCUUUCCUCUCGUAUAUAUUUUUAUCCAUAGUAAUAAAUUAUAUCAGUUAGUUAUGCGAUACCAUUUUCCUCCCUCACUUGCUUAUAGUUUGUUCAUUUGUAAUCCACUCGUUUCCCAAACUCCCAACCUUCUGUCAUUUUAUGCAAUUUCCCAAAGUGAUUCCUCUCACUUGCAGUUUUCCUCUCUCUGAUUCAUUUGUUGAUAAGCAUUGUUUUCUCCUCACCCCGUUGGAUCCUCAAUGCAGUGCUCAGUCACUCCCACUCUUACACGCCUGAAGCCCAGAUGAUCUUUCCUCCUCCUCCUCCUCCUCCUCCUCCUCCUCCUCCUCCUCCUCCUCCUCCUCCUCCUCCUCCUCCUCCUCCUCCUCCUCCUCCUCCUCCUCCUCCUCCACCACCACCACCACCACCACCACCACCACCACCACCUCCAUGGCCAUCUCUUCUUCCACCUGUUCCUCCUCCUGGCAGACACUCAGUAUUGUCUCUGAAUUAUGAAUACAGUUUUUCUCUCCUCCCCUUCUUGUGUUUCCUUAUCCUUUUCGGUUUAUUACUUCCCAUUUCUCUAACGCUGAUGAUUCUCUCUCUCUCUCUCUCUCUCUCUCUCUCUCUCUCUCUCUCUCUCUCUCUCUCUCUCUCUCUCUCUCUCUCUCUCUCUCUCUCUCUCUCUCUCUCUCUCUCUCUCUCUCUCUCUCUCUCUCUCUCUCUCUCUCUCUCUCUCUCUCU